GAGCAAGUUCCCAGGUCACGAAAAACAACAACAGCCCAGUGCUGUCAGAGAAAAGGCUGCUGUCAUCUUCUGCCGUCUCAUCAUGCUGCUGAAAUCAUGCUGCACUUACAGCCUCGGAGUGGUUUCCCUACUCUUGUUGAUCUUCGGUAUUUCCCUUGUGUUGUCGGCCGUGUUCCCACAUUUCAUACAGGCUGUGGUGAAAAAGGAAGUAGUACUGAAAAACGGUACAGAUGCUUUUGAGGCUUGGCAGGAUCCACCGGCGCCGAUCUACAUGCAGUUUUACUUCUUCAAUGUGACAAACCCUCUGGAGGUGCUGGAAGGUGACAGGCCAGCCGUGGUGGAGAUCGGACCCUAUACGUAUAGAGAGUACCGGCCCAUGGAGGAAGUGAACUUCCAAGAUAAUGGCACCAAAGUGGCAGCAGUCAACACCAAGACCUACGUCUUCCAGCGUAACAUGUCCCGAGGCCCGGAGAGCGACCUCAUCAGGACCGUCAACAUCCCGGCGAUGACGGUGAUGGAGAAAUUCAAAAACGACGCUGUGUUGGCCAAUGUGAUCUCUUCCUACAUGAGAUCGAGCGGAGAAGGGCUGUUUACCACCCGCACAGUGGGGGAGCUGCUGUGGGGGUAUGAGGACGGCCUGCUGAAAGCCCUAAAGCUUUUUCAACGCGAUCUGGAGGACGUGUUCGGACUCUUCUCGAAGAGCAAUGCUUCGAAUGAUGGAGAAUAUGUGUUUUCCACCGGUACGCAGAGGUACAAGGACUUUGCUCGAGUGGAGUCAUGGAAUGGCAGCAGCUCUUUGAAUUGGUGGACAUCUGAUGAGUGUAACAUGAUUAAUGGAACCAAUGGAGCGUCUUUCCAUCCCAUCAUCUCCAAGGAUGAGCUGCUCUACAUGUUCUCCUCUGAUCUGUGCAGGUCUUUAUAUGCGGCGUACGAGGACGACGUGACAGUGAAGGGGAUCCCCGGGUAUCGAUUCUCUCCCCCCAGCGAGGUGUUUGCCAACCUGACCGUGAACCCAGCCAACGCCGGCUUCUGCGUGCCGGCUGGUAACUGCCUGGGCUCGGGCGUGCUCAACAUCAGCACAUGCAAAGAAGGAGCUCCCAUCAUAAUGUCUUCACCACACUUCUAUGAGGCUGAUGAGAAGUUUGUCCAGGAUGUAUUUGGGAUGAAUCCUAAGAAGGAACAUCACCAGACCGUGAUCGAUAUCCAUCCGCUAACGGGAACCAUCCUGCAGGCAGCCAAGCGGCUCCAGAUUAAUGUGUACGUGGAGAAAAUCCCCACUUUCAGUCAAACGGGAAACGUGAUGACGGUGGUGUUCCCUGUGGUUUAUCUCAACGAGAGUGUCGUCAUUGACGACGCGUCGACCAAGAAGCUGCACUCGGUCGUUGUCACGAAAGGCGUUGUGGAGAACGUCCCCUUCAUGCUGAUCGGUCUGGGAAUCAUACUGGGAGGAGUUUUCAUGUUGCUGAUGUGUCGGCAAAAAGUCCCAGAGAGCACUGCUGCUGAGAGGCAGCCCCUCCUCUCAUCGUAGAACCAAAGCAGAUGGGAAAGGAAGAGAAAAGCCAUGUUUGCAGUAAAACGUCAAGAGUUGGAUGGAUCUGAGGUUUUAACUGUGGAUUCCAAGUAACAAGUCUCCCAUCUUUUAAUCUUCUUAUUAAUCAUGAAAAAAGGAAGAAGACUGGUCCCUCUUUUUGUUUCUUAAAGGAUUUAGAGAUGAAUCUAAAUUUCCAGUCUCUUGAACUUUUGUUAAAAAAAAAAAAAAAAAAAAAAAGAAAAGAAAAAAACUUUAAUUCUUAUUAUUUGAUUCUUACUUCUCAAUCUGGGAAGUAAGGCUGAAAAAGGAGAAAUAAUUGGAAUCAUUCAUGAAUGUACGGACAGUGUGGGCGUGAAGAAGGCGAUUCCCUUGUUAAACCAAAAAUAGGCCCCUCCCCCUUUUUUCCAUUCCAUCAAGCGAUGUUACUGGUCGUCAUAAUCAUAUGAAUCGAAGAGUAAACACACUCUCCACAGCUAAAACAGUACAAACACAGUCUGAUUGAAUACCAUGAUUUAGCUUCAGACAGAAGUACUACUGGAAAAACACAUCGUCAGGAGAGUAAAACUGACCUGUCUGAACCAAACGACCCAGACUUCACCGUGACCUCUGGGCAGGAUGUCACUGAACAAAUCAGAGAAUUCCAGAAGCUUUAUUGUCGUCACGCUGAUGGAAAUGUUCCAACUCCAUCAUCGAACCAGAGAUGCCCAAGUCAAAUUUCUCGUCUUUUGCGCACAACUACGGGACAGAAAAGCCCCACUUAAGAAAAAAAUCAAUUGCACUCACAGUAAAUCUCACUUUCAAUGCAUUAUUUCAACCACGGAGUUGCUUUUUCCCCAAGUAAAACAUGUUGCUUAGUUCUUCUGUCUUUUAAAUGAUUGUCCUUAUUGCAGCUACAGUCUACAGAAAAUGUGCUGAUUUGGGGUCAAGCAGACUGAAAGUUCUGAAGCUGCAAUCUGUCAACACUGUACUGGCAACACAUUUUUAUUUUUAACUGAAGACGUGUUGUCAGGAGCCUUAACAGUCAGUGGGUUUUAGUCGUAUCACUAAUGCAGAUAAAUUCAGUAAGAUCUCAUGACGUUUACAUUUUGUUAGUUUUUGUUUUUUUUUCUCGUAACAUUCUAUCCACCCUCGAGUGAAGCCUGCGCACUGAUUUUCCAGAUGUUGACUGUCAAUCACCAGGCCCCCUCUCCCACCUCACAAUCCUGUCUUGCUGGGCUCCACACAGUGCAGAGGACAGAGGCGGUCCUGUACAGAUCAAUGUAGACCCCCGACUGAUCCGAGGAGGCUUAUCUGGUUUAUAUAGAGACAGCUAAUCAAGCCUGCAUGAACUUCACUGAAAAAUAAAUGUGUUCGUAGGUAUAUUUUUAUUUACAGUCUCUGCAUGACUGCAAGAUGCUACUAAACAAACUGAUGAACGCUUGUUUUAGAAGAAAAGAGAAUCUGCAUUUCACUUUUUUUAGUAACGCUGACAUUUUGCAUCACUCGAGAGAAUAUAUUUGCAAAAUGACCAUUAUUAGAUUACUUUUUACCCCGCAGUGUACAGAGAAUCAUAUCCAGCCUGAAUAUGUUGACAGAGGAAAAGGUUCUGAAGUCGGUAAUGUUUCAGGAUCAGCUCCGCGGUUUGAAUCCGGGCCUUUCUGUCCGUGUCGAGGAAGCUGAGCUCAGGUAGAUCGGCCCACGUACUGUGGAAUAAGAACCAACCAGUAUUACUUCUCCGGUAGAAUGAUAAAGGGAAGGUUUUCUGUAAAUGUUUUUGGUGGAUUGAAACACAGUGUUUAUAUUCCUUGUAUUUCCAUCUUUUUAUUGUCAUGUUCUGAAUUUGUAAUUGUAAAGUUAAUUGAUUUUCGCGCCGUGUGUUUGAACAGCUUUGUGCUCGGCGCAACACUAACAAGACAGCGGUCCUCUCCCUGCUAAGCACUGGUCUUUACAGCCAGUUUGAGCUGUAUUUUAUAACAUUAAUGAAAGUUUUGAGUGUGAAAGUGUUGUUUCCCUGCUGCUGUGGAUGAUUUUUAUUUCUAGUGCUGCACACAGUAUCACUUUAACGUACACGUUCUUGGACGUUGUGUGACCACUAUUGACUGCUAAGAUGUUGUCUGUUUUUAUGUGAAUGAUAAAAUUUACUUGUCCUUCUACGCCACAGUAAAAGCAGCACUCGACAUGUAAUCGCUGGUUACACACUCUCAAUAGGUCACCUGUUUUAACCAUUUGCACAUUGUGUCGCUCGCUACGACCCAUCAAUAAACGUGCUGCGCUGUU